CAAAAAUUUAGCUUCCUGUCUUUAUUCUUUUUGACUCUAGUGUGAUGGACGGUCGGACAGGUCUAAAUUGUCUUGUCUGUUCGGCUUGAUUGGUACACUGGUGAUGAUGUUUGUUAUCAAUCCCAUAUAUGCUUCAUCAAGUAUUAUUUUGUGUUUGCUGUUGGUUAUUGCUCUGCAUCUCUUUUCGCCAGCCACACAAUCGGCUCAAUGGGGCUCAAUUUCGCAAGCUCUAAUGUUCCAUCAGGUCCGUAAAUAUUUGCUAAUGUUAGAUCCACGUAAGGAUCAUGUGAAAUUUUGGCGUCCACAAAUGUUAUUGCUGGUAUCCUCGCCGCGUUCCAGUUGUCCUUUGGUAGACUUUGUCAAUGAUAUGAAGAAAAGUGGCUUAUAUAUCAUUGGACACGUACGCGUGGGUAAUCACACCGAUCUGGAUGAUGCAACCAUAGAAGAUAAUAAACAGUGGCUAUCGUUUGUCGAUCAUAUGCGUGUUAAGGCUUUUGCCGAAACUACUCUGGCCAAUUCGGUGCGUGAAGGAGUGCAACAUUUGAUACGUCUAUCCGGCAUUGGUGCCAUGAAGCCAAACACCAUAGUACUGGGCUUCUAUGAUAACGAAGCACCCAAAGAUUUCUUUCAAUCAUCAACAUCUCCCUAUAAAACAGAUGGCUUCAACACGGGUGAUAUGCAAAAUUUCCCCAUAAGACGUGAUGGUGAAGAAAAGCAUAUUGACGUUACGGAAUAUGUGGAAAUCAUUAGUGAUAUUUUGCGAAUGAAGAAAAAUCUAUGCUUGUGCAGACAUUUCCAUCGCCUGGAUAAACAUUUUAUAUCAAAGAGCAAACAUGUCAAAUAUAUUGAUGUAUGGCCAAUUAAUGUGUUCGAUCCUAAAACUGAAAAUCCUUUCGAUGUUGUAUCACUGUUUAUGAUGCAAUUGGCUGUUAUUAUGUUGGCCAAAUGGAAACAUUUGACAUUACGUGUAUUUUUGUGUGAAACCAAUGAUACAAAUUCAACGGCACAAUUUGAUACUCAGGAUCCAAACCUGCCACAAAUGGAAAUAUUCUCACGCAUGAAAUUGGAACAAACGCUAAAAUCACUGAGAAUUAAUGCCCAGAUAAUGGAGAUUCAAGAAUGGGCACGUGAUACUGAAUUUACUCGACAUUCUCGUAUAUUGAAGCAAUUUACACAAUCAGCUGAAGCCACAGAAGGAAGUGUUACAGAAGAUAAUCUCAAUCGUUCAUUGUUGUAUAUGCAAAGAGCAAAUCAAAUUAUACGGGAACGUUCCGAUCAAACAGCUUUAUCGUUUAUAUAUUUAGCUGCCCCACCACCAAUUGAUUCUCCGGAUUUCCGAGAAAUCAGUGCCCGUUAUAUGGAAUUGUUGACAGAACUAACAGCUGAAUUGCCGCCUACCAUUUUAGUGCAUGGUGUCAGUACGGUAACAUCAACAACCCUGUAAAUGUUUUAUAGACGAAUGUUUAGGAGUGGCAAUUGCAAACGAACUAUUUAUAUAUAAAAAAUUAAAGAAUAAUUAUUUUCCUUUUAAUUUAAUAUAAAUAUCUUCGCUGAAACAACAAAGAAACAAAUGUAAAGAAUAUCAUGUUUAAAAUGUUUGUAUUGGUAUUAAACAAAAGUCAGCAUUUUUAUUAUUACUAUUAUCUACACAAACAUAUAUCAAAUAUUAUUGUAUAUUUAUUAAUAUUUACACCAAUGUUUUAAUUUAGGAAAAAACAAUCGUUUUGCAACACUACACCACCAUAUGUUUAAGUAGAACAUUUUAUUUUUGAUCUAUUUUUUUUUUAUAAUUUGUUAACAGAUAUCAUAUUUAUAGUAGUAUAUACAUAUUUCACAUAUUAUUGAUAAUCAUAUCACAAAAAAUAAACAAAUAAAAGAAAUCUUCCCAACAAAAACCACAAAUAUAUACAAAACUCCAAUAAGUCUGCAAUGAUUUGAGAUUUCAACUUUUUAAUAUCAUCAUAUAUAUAUACAUUUAAGUAACAAUACAAAUUUGUGUUAUUGCGAAUGUGAACAAUUUAUUUUCUUUUUUUUUGUGUUGAAAACAUCAAUUAGUACGUUAGUAUGUGCCUGACCUAAAAGGAAAGCCAAAAGAUGCAACCAUUAAUGUUUUAUUUAUUCCAGUUGAUUAACACUAGAUUUAAAAAUAAACUGGCAACAUUCAUGACGUUAUUGUGUGACUGUUUUUUGUUUCUGUAAACACUCAAAACAUAAAUAAAAGAAUUAA